AUGCCUAUAGCUUCCUCAAGCAUGAUUUGUUCCCAUAGUGUAUCCGAUGACCUGCAUGGUGUUCAACUUGAUCCUGUAGCAGCUGAUAUUCUUAGGAAAGAGCUAGAGCAUGAAACUUUUGCAAUUCAUUUUAUAGCCUCCAAUAAUGAUUGUGGAGUUAGAGACUUUGAUAUGGAAAAAUUUCAACUCUGUAAGCAUUCUCGUUAUCCAUGGCAAGUUAAUAUCAAGCAUGUGUAUCAGGAUGCCAAUAGCAUUGCAGAAUUUCUAGCUUCUUAUGUAGUCCUUUAUGGUAGAAACUCUGAUUUUUCUGAAAAUGGGAAGCUGCCCACUGCUGGAAGAGUACUUCUUCAGCAGGACCAAGGCAUGAUGCCUUUUACAAGAUUGAAGAAGAUGAGUGGCUUUUCUGUUAUGUUUGGUGAGGUGUGCCUCUGGUGUCACUUGUUGUGCUUCUCUGUCCUUUUGGUUAUGCUUAUUGGCUUGAGGUUGGUUGUUGGUGCCUUUCCUAGCUGGGUGCUUCUGUGCUGUCAGUCUGCUGCUAUGUGGUUGUGUGCUAUGGUGCAGGGAUUGGGAGGUGUUAUCGAUGUUGUGGAAGUGCAUGUGCUGCUUGGUGUUCUGGGCAGUUUUAAACGGCUUCCUUGGUUCAGUAUCAGUUUGGAUGCAGUGUGUGAUGUGCUUCUGGGCUGCUGGGUUAAAGCCAACCCUUGUUGGCCUUCCUCUUCUUCAUUUGGUUUUCCUAUUAUUGGAGGUGCUGGCUUGGUGUUGCAUUGUUCUGUUUUGACUGGAAUGGUGUUGUGUUAUGCUGCAAGGCUUCUUUUUCUCCUUUGUGCUGUGUUGUGCACUGUUCACGUGAACAGUCUGCCUGUUGCUGCUGAUGCCUUCUGUUUUGCUAUUUUUUGGAUUUUGUCUAGUAUGGAGCUGAUCUUUUGCUGGUUUACCAGUUCAUUUCAGCUGGAUUCACAGCUAGAAUUCAGCUGCUGGCUCUUAGCUGCUACUUCCCUGCUGGACUUCAGCUGGAUUUCAGCUUUAUCUCAUGGUUUUUGGUGCUUUCAGCUGGUCCUGCUUGCUGUCAUUGUUGGACAGUCACUGCAAUCUUCAUUUAUGGUGCCCGAAUCAGCCCAACAAAUGAAUUUGAACUUUUACGUUAUCGUUUUGGUGAGUGAAGCACAUUCUCUUUGCAAUAUUGAUUGA